AUGGAACAUGAAUUUAAAGUGAUUAAGCUUCACGAUGUACCAGAUGUUAUGGAAGAAACAGCUCAGCUUCUUAAUAAUGAAUGGCCAAGAUCCCUUGAAGCGAGGUAUGCCUCUAUAUUUAACACACAAACACAAGUAUUGGUGGUUUUAAGUACUGGUGUAAAGUAGCGGAUGAUGGUUACUGGUCUGCUAGCUAGUUAACCACCAUCUGCUCAUGGUAGUUCUUAGUGAAAACCACCAAUAUGCAUAUGGGCCCAACCAUGUCAGUUACAGCAGAAGUUCACUCAGUCAAUAUACUGUUUUUGUUGAAAUUAACCCAUUAGUCAAAAGUGGAAUAACUGAUAAUGAAAAAUUUUGAACUUUACCCUAGAUGCAAUGUCAUUAGUCAGUCGUCAGAUGAUCUACCUUGCUCCUUUGUUUUACUAAAAGUCUCAACAGCUGGCAAUGUACGAACAGUGGUGGGAUUCAGCCGCCUCUCCAAAGUUUUGCAAAAACCAAACUCGGCUCUGGUUGAAUCAGGUAAAUUUGAACAUAUAUAUUAGAACUGCCGGGCAGGUUCUAUGUGUUUAUUUACUGGGUCACCAAUUUAAUUCUGAUAAUUUUGGUAUUUUUCUAGUAAUUGUAGACAAAACCUUAAGAGGAUGUGGCUUGGGCAAAAUGAUAAUGAGACAUACUGAAGAAUUCGCUCUAAAGUAUGGAGUAUGAAAUAAUGGGUAUUUAGUUGUCAUCUGAUCAUUAGAAUGUACAGUAUAACUAAUUUUCUGUACUUUAACAAUGUUGUUACUUGGUGUUAAUGUGUGUUCAUGUACUAGGCAUGGGUUUGAAAUUAUUCAUCUCUCAACAAAAAACAAACAGUCAUUCUAUGAACAUCUUGGUUACUCUUUAUCAACACCAGUAUCUGCUGAAACAAAAGUUUCCAGAUUUUUUUCAAAAUCACAGGUACUUGUUGGACUAGUUGUCAAUCUUCUUUAAUGAUGUUGGUGGUGAAUGAAAGCCUUAUUUUUUAAUGAAAUCUAUUUAAUUUUUGAAAAAUACAAUUUCAGAUUGAAAAGGCAGAUGAUUAUGCUAAGCAUGAAAAGAGGAUCGACUCAAUAAAGACUGCAAGUGAUUUAGAAACUGAAGAAAUAACAGAGCCUUCUCAAAGUGGUGUACCAUCGUCACCAGCAUUGUCAAUACCACCACCACUACUGUCAAUACCACCGCCACCACCACCACCAUUAUCAAUACCACCACCACCACCAUCAAUACCUUCAGCACCAAAGAAACAGAUUUCAUCAUCAGUUAGCAAGAAUGUUGAAAGAGGAAGCAAAGGCUAUGUGUGGAUGAAAAAACAACUUUAUGACCCUGGUAAUCCACUAUAGUGAAUGCAUUUCAGAAUGUCAGCUCCUAUUCCAAAUGUAUCAGUUGUUAACGUACCUUCCCCCUCCCUCUUUUUCUCCUCCCACACGAGAUUGUAACACUAUUAAUUAAAAAUACAUCUAUAAAAUGUCAAUGUUUAAAAUGCUUGGAGCCUUGGAUGUCGUUUUUACUAGUAAAGAUAAAUAUAUCAUAUUAAGUAAGUCUGAUGGUAAAUUCCCACAAACGUGCCAAAUGACAUUGUAUGUAUUCCCUUGGGACUUAACCUUAUGUAAUGAAUUAUUUUUGUUAUUAUUGAUUAUGCUUUGCCAUAUAUGGACAUAUUGCAAGUCUCUACAUUCCCGUCAUGCGGGUGUCGCCCGCUCAAACCUGUUUUUCUCGAUUGUUUUACGUCAUGUGACGUCACCAUUGUGCUGAAAUAGCCAUUCUGAUUGGUCGAGACUCCUGGAAAACCUGUUUUUCCUGUAUGAACAAGUCUAUUUGUGCGUCAUCAAGGAAAUCGUGCGUGAGUGUGUGGUUCUUGUUGGGGAAGGACGUAUAUAUUAAUUUCGUUUCGUUUCUAAAUUAAUCUACGUUUCAUAGCCUUCAACGGCUUUGUUUCACGCCGAAACUUAGUGUAUUCCGAAGUAUAAUAGAUAAGAAACAUCAUAAGAAAACGUUGCGUGUUUUUGGGUACAAUUUCACCGAGGAAAAGCUCCUUUGAAAGGCGAACAAGACGAAGCCAUUUUGUCGCUUCGCUCGUGGCAACCGCUAAACAGAAGCGACCUUACUCGGUCAAAAAGGGCAAAUUUGUUCUCUUUUUUACACUAGAACGGUAUUGUUUAAAAAGAAGAAACCUUUGGGAUCAAGAAACCGAACGAAACGAUAAAUUUUGA